CGAUAAAUGAAAAUGAGGGCAUUGAUAUUUUAUAUGAUGAAGAAAGUGAAAGUCAAAGUGAUCCAGAGGUGUUACAUAGCCCUAGUGAAUCUGAAGGAGAGGAAAGUGUGAGGUUUCCUCAAUUUGAGGAAAAUAAGGAUAAUAGAAGACCUAAAUUGACGGUGGGUCUUGUCUUUGCUGAUGUUAAGGUGUAUAGAAAAACUUUGAGGCAAUAUGUUGUGGAUUGCGGUUUUGAAUUGUCAUUUGAAAAAAAUGAGAGCGAUAGAGUUACUGUUAAGUGUAAAAAAAGUUGCGGGUGGAGAGUCCAUGCAAGUUUACUGGGUAAGUCAAGUUCUUUUCAGAUAAAAACUAUUAAAGGAGAGCCUCAUAGGUGUCCAAGAAUUUUUAAGAAUAAGAGUGCAAAUUCAACCUAUUUGGCUGAUAGAUACAUGCAAAGAUUUGUGGAUGACCCUAACUUGAGUCAUAAAUCCUUCAUGACGCUUGUUAGAAAGGAGGUCAAAGUAUAUGCUCACAGGCAACAAUUGUACAGAGCUAAGAGAAAGGCUAUUGAGGCAAUUCAAGGGAAUGUGAAGGAACAAUAUUCUAAAUUGAGGAACUACUGCAAAAUGACUCUUUCAAAAAAUAAUGGCUCCACAGCAGUACUUCAGAUCGAGGGCCCUCCGGUGUAUAGAAAUCCUACAUUUAAGAGAAUUUUUAUCCUGUAUGGAGCAUUGAAUGAGGGAUUUCUUAUGGCUUGUAGACCAAUCAUAGGCUUGGAUGCUUGCUUUUUGAAAGAAAGGUAUGGUGGACAACUUAUGGCUGCAAUUGCAAGGGAUGGAAAUAAUCAAAUGUUUCCAUUGGCAGUAGCUGUGGUCGAAGUUGAAUCUAAGGAUAGUUGGUCAUGGUUUUUACAGUUGUUGGUACAUGCAAUUGGCAACAUUGAGGAGAGAAGAUUGACAUUUAUAUCAGAUAGGCAAAAAGGGUUGGUUGAGAGUUUUGAACAAGUAAUUCCUUCCGUUGACCACAGGUUCUGUGUACGGGAUUUAUAUGCUAAUUUCAAGCUGAAAUUUAAGGACCCAACACUUAAAGAUUUGAUGUGGAAUGCAGCUCGUUCAUACUUAGAGGAGGGAUAUAAUGAAAACAUGAACUUGAUCAAAGCAAUUUCACAAGAAGCAUAUGCAUGGCUGAAAAAGAUCCCUCCUGAAUUGUGGUGCAAGUUUAAAAUGUCACCAUUUCCCAAAUGUGAUAUGUUGAGCAAUAAUUUAUGUGAAUCAUUCAACCAUUUCAUCAAAGAGGCAAGGGAAGAACCUAUAUUGACUAUGUUGGAGACUUUGAGGAGGCAGUUUAUGUGUAGACUGCAAAAAAAGAGAGAAAAGAUUGCACAAUAUAAAGGUACAAUAUGUCCGAGAAUUCAAGAUAAGGUGGAAAAGAUGAAGGAGAAAGCAAUGGAUUUUGAAACUUAUUUUUCUGGAAAUGGAAUCUGGGAGAUUGUAUCAGGUGCAAAAUCUUAUGUGGUUGAUCUGAAUAAACAUAACUGCAGUUGUAGAGAGUGGGAUCUAACUGGCAUAUACCAUGUUCACAUGCCACUUGUGCUAUACUCACCGAACAAAAGUUCGUGGAAGAUUAUGUCAGCCCAUACUAUCAUGUUAGUGCAUACAAGAUGGCAUAUCAAUGUACUAUUUAUCCUGUCGGAGAUCCAAAACUAUGGAAAGUGGAAGAAUCAGAAGCAAUCAUGCCUCCACCAUACAAGAAACGGCCUGGAAGACCAAAAAAAAUGAGAAGGAAAGGGCCUGAUGAAAUAGAUAAUGGAGGAAGAGUCACCAAGAGGGGCAGUUUUAUGUCAUGUUCUAAUUGUGGAGAGACUUCUCACAACAAGAAAACAUGUAAGAAGCCUCCAAUGGAGAAACCAAGAAAGCAACAUAAGGUUAGUACAAAUGUUGUAGACACCAUCUUACCAACUCAACAUUUUUUUACUGAAGCUCCUUCAGUCACAACUGGAAGAGGAACAAUGAGGGGAAGAGGAAGAGGGAGAGGGAGAGGGAGAGGAAGAGAAAAUGGAUGGGGAAGAGGAAGAGAAAGAGGAAAAAGUAAAGAGAAUGGAAGAAUGAAUCAGUUCAACAAUCCAAAUUGUGGUAUCGGAAAUUGGAAUGGCAUAGGAAUGGCUACUCCAAAUAACUUCAUGCCUUUUCUUCCAAUGGCAGAGGGUACUAGUAAAGGGAUCACCACAAAAAUGGUGAUUGUGAUCUCAUCUUAAAACUGUUUAUUUUUAUAUUAAUCUUACUUAUCAAAUUAAUUUAGUGUUUUGAUGCAGUGGACUUCAUAUACACCUCCUAGUACAUUACCAAGUUCAUAUGCUACCAGAUCUGUUCCCAAUGUGCAGGUCAAAUUUUAAUCCUUAUUUGAUCAUUUGUAUUUAUAUUCUUUCUUACCUAACUUAUCUUGUUUC